CUAACAAUGGCAUCCACACUGGAUCUUAAAGAGGCCACUGUUAACCGAAGUUCGUGGGAUGCUUUGCUACCAGAUUUCCCUAAAGGACCGCUUUGCAAGUAUCGUAAAAAAGCUUCCUUUAAUUGGAAGGAGAUGGCAGUAUUACUAGAUGGCGAAGAUAUCAUCCAGCUUAAGAACAGAAUCUUCUCUGCCCUGGAAAGUGAUCCUCUCUUUGCACAUCAUCCUGGAGAAGAUUUGUGCCGUGAGAAGUAUCAGGAGCUGACAUUCCUGCGCUGUAAAAGGCUCUUUGAGUAUAAUUUUGUUACUGAGCAAGAGAUCGUAGAGAACCCAUUAAAGAUACUUAAUAUGGUCAUCUGUAUAGGGAUGUAUGAUUGGUCUCCAUGUCUCCAGUAUUUCUUACAUUGCGGUGUAUUUGCAGGUGCAGUUUUGAGUGCUUCUAAGAGGUUUGCAGACCUUGUGAAACAAGUUUAUAGCAUGGAGAUUUUUGGAUGUUUUGCUCUGACUGAACUCAGCCAUGGAACGAAUACCAAAGGCAUACGGACUACUGCCAUGUUUGAUCGUAGCACUCAGGAAUUUAUCAUCAAUACUCCUGACUUUGAAGCCGCAAAGUUCUGGGUUGGUAAUAUGGGGAAACACGCCACUCAUGCAGUUGUGUACGCCCAGCUCUAUACUCCUGAUGGACAGUGCCAAGGAUUACAUUCCUUUAUUGUACAGAUUCGAGAUACAAAAACUCUCCUACCAAUGCCAGGUGUGAUGGUAGGUGACAUAGGAAAGAAACUUGGGCAGAAUGGGUUGGAUAAUGG